AGGGGCGAGGGUGGGUGUGCAGGGGUCCUUGGCCUCCCGGACCGGGGCUCAGGGGAGGAGGACAAUCCCUGGCCCGCACCUUGGCAAACUGAGCGGGGCUGAGGUCUGGCGGUGUGGCGAGGAGUUGCCAGGGGUGGUCCGGGUAGAGGAUCUCAGGCUAGGCUGGAGGGCGGCGGACUUUGAGGGGGUGGCCGAGGGUUCACAGAGUUUCUCUUGGGAUAGCACGGAGGGGGGGAUUCUAGAAGAGCCUUGCUAUGGCUUUCUUGCCAGGAGCGGUCGGAGGGGAUAUACAGGAGGGUUGACGGUGGGUGGAACAGGUGCAUGGCGACGGGCGUGAGGAGGUGGGGAACGUGAGGGUCCUGCCUCUCUGAGACCCCGGCCAGGUGAGGGCCAAAUAAGACUGCUGGAGGGAAAGCAGGCCGCUGUUGGAUUGGGUCCAUUUCAGUUUGCAGGUUCUGGGUGUGAGAAUUUAAAAGCCUGUGCCAGAAGUUGGUCUUCAGCACUCCAGGGGAAUUGCAGUGGGGCUGUCUCCCCUCGGUCUUCUGUCCCCACCCCCUCCUUGCUGCACCCUCCUUUUCCACCGGUCCCAGGCGCGGUGGAAAGAAAUGCUUUUGCCCUCUCCCAUGGCCUCUGGAACUGCUGGAAACCUUUCCUCUAACCAGAAAGCCUCCCUACCGUCCCCCAACAAGGAUCCUUGGCUUGGAGUCUUCCUCCUUUCUCCCAAAUCUUCUUUCUCAGUGCACUUCCCCCCCUGGAGUCUCCUAAAGCAGGACCAGGAGUUCCCACUUCUGCUGUCUGCAGUUGUCUGGUACUUGUACUCAUGGCGACAUCAGCUACCAGCCCCGGUUCACCUCUCCGGGCUGAGGAUCUCCUGAGUGAUUCAUCAGAAGCCCCUGGGCUGAACCAAGUAUCCUCUGAGGUGACCUCCCAGCUCUAUGCUUCUUUGCACCUCAGUCGUCAGGCGGAGGCCACUGCCCGAGCCCAGCUGUAUCUCCCCACCACCUCCCCACCUCCCCAUGAGAUGUUAGAUGGCUUGGCCCAAGAGCUGAGUCACAGCUUGUCGGUUGGCUUGGAGAACAACCUGAAGAAAAAGGAUGGCUCCAAGCAUAUUUUUGAGAUGGAAAGUGUUCGGGGUCAGCUCCAGAGCAUGCUCCAAAACUCCCGGGAUACGGCCUAUCGGGAUCCCAUCGCUGCAGGUCCUGGCUCAGAGAGACGAGAAGACGACUCAUUUGACAGUGAUAGCACAGCCACCUUGCUUAAGUGAGUUCCCCCUGGGGUUCUUCUAGCUGGCUUGCUUGUCUUCUCGGAGAGGCAAUGUUCCCUUCCUGAGUUCUGUCUUUCCUGCUUUUCUAUCUCCUAGGGACCUAAGAUGCUUGUCCCUUAGCUUUCAGUUUUCAUCCUUUUUUCCCUAUCUUCUAUCCCCUUUACUCCUUGGGGACCAUGGGCAUCUGCUGCCUAGUGCCUGGCUUUCUCCCAACCUCUAGUCCUUCUUCCCCCAGAAGAGUUGGC